AUGGCAUGUUGUGAGCGAGGGGUUCAGACCCUCGUGGCCAUCGUGGGGGCCUUCGCCGCGUUCAGCCUUAUGACCAUCGCAAUCGGCACCGACUACUGGCUCUACUCCCGCGCGUACAUCUGCAACACCACCAAUGUUUCCUCGGAUGACAACCAGAUGCAGCCCAAGAAAGUGAGAGGCGACUUGACGCACUCUGGUCUGUGGAGGAUCUGCUGCAUCGAAGGUAUCAAUAAAGGAAGCUGUUUCCGGAUCAAUCACUUCCCAGAGGAUAACGACUACGACACAGACAGCUCUGAGUACAUCUUACGUAUAGUACGUGCCUCCAGCCUGUUCCCCAUCCUGAGCAACGCCCUGCUGAUGCUGGGUGGCCUGUGUGUCGGUGUUGGACGCAUCUACAGCGGCAGGAACAACAUCCUGCUCAGUGCUGGCAUCCUGUUCGUGGCUGCAGGCCUGAGCAACAUCAUCGGCAUCAUCGUCUACAUCUCGAGCAACGCCGGCGAUCCCAGUGACAAGAAAGACGAGGACAAGAAAAACCACUACAACUACGGCUGGUCCUUUUAUUUCGGCGCCCUCUCCUUCAUCGUGGCCGAGUCGGUGGGCGUUCUUGCCAUCAACAUUUACAUCGAGAAAAACAAAGACACGCGCUUCCGAGCCAGGCACGACUUCAUCAAAACCAUACCCUCCUCUUCACCUUACUACCGCAUCCCGAGUUCCCGCCACAGACGAAGGCGCUCACGCUCCAGCUCCAGGUCGUCUGACCCGUCCCGUGAGCCCUCCCCGGUCGGGAUGAAGAUCGGUGGAGGUAGUGGUGGAGGAGGAGCAGGAAGAGGGUUUGGAAUGGGGUUGCCGAUGGGGGAUAUAUCCCUGUACGCCCUUAGUAGGGACCCCCUGAAGGGCGCAAGUGGGACUGCAGGGCCCUACAGCCCUGAGAGGGACUCUGGGUUUUUACAAGUCCACAACUGCUUCCAGAAGGAUAUGAAAGACGGGGUGAACAGGAGGACCACGCCGGUAUGA